UGUCCGCUCAUCCACUCUCGUCCCCGUGUUCCCUACGCCGGCCUCCACUCUCGUCGCUGCCCUCUCGUCCCCGUCCUCCUACGCCGGCAAUGGAGGCCGCCGCCGCCGACCUCGUCGCUGCCCUCUCUUCCCCGUCCUCCUACGCCGGCCUCCACUCUCGCUUCGCCGCCUACCUACAGCCUUUCACCUCCUACCUGACCAGCUCAAACCCUAACCCCAAGCCACCGCAGAAGAGGGCGACGAAGCUGACCAAGCAGCCGCCGCCUCCCGACGCGGCCACCCUCCGCCCCCUCGCGAAGCGAUUCCUCCCGUUUCUCGUCCGCGCGCUCCACCUCCUCCCGCCGCUCGUCCGUGCGAGUCCUGGCUCGGGCGACAAGGGCGGUGAGGCCGCCGACGAACUGUUUGAGAUCUACGGCCUUCUCUUGGACUGCCUAGAGGCCAUAUCACCCUGCCUCGCUGGGAAGCCCUACUCCGUGUUGCUCCAGCGCGGCUCCUUCGUCCGUUGCCUCGAGUCGCGCGGCCACCUCGCACGCGCCAAUGCGGAGGCUGCCGCUACCCUCGACGCCCUCCGCUCCGCGCUCUCUCCACCCACCACGAGCACCAAGUCGCGACGUGCUGCUGCAAGCGUUGAUUCGGUCCUCCUUCCGGACCCUGGCAGCGCUGGGGAGGCUGGCACGGAUCCUGAAGUCGCCGUACUCGCGGUCGAGCUCACUUCCUGCCUUGCCAAUUGUUGCAGCAAGGGCAAGGUGAAGGAACCUGCCCCUUACGACCGACUUCUCAGCCUUUUCAAGCAGCUAAAACCAUGGCUUCGCAUUCUUACUAAUGAAGCCAGGAGGAAGUAUCUCCCGCUGCUUGUGAAUGGCAUGAGCCGGUGCACCUUUUUUCUGGUAUCAGAGUCUUCAUUUUUCAGUAGUGAUCUAGUUCAUGGAUUCUGUCGGCACACAGUGCAAGAUUGUGUGAAAGAGGGCAUGAUCGAGCAUUUGCCAGCAAUUGCUCGCAAGAUUUGCUCUUCUGUAGAUCUGAGUUGGGAAGGGAGCACACAGUUUUUACUCCAUGUGCUAGAAACUGUCAUUGAUUCUGUUGUACAUGUAAAGGAUGAUUUACCGAAAUCUGUGAAUGAUCUUCUGGUAUUUGUCUCGUAUUUUUGUUGGUUCAUUCUUUCUGCCAAACGGGAUUUAUCUGCUGGCGCAUCAGAAGUACUUUAUAAACAAGCUGGUUAUUUCUCUGAGGUUUACUCUCCUACUGCCUCAAUGCUUCUUCUUUAUGCGAUUGGGUUAUACUUGAGUGCCCAGCAAGCAGAAAAUGAAAUACCAUUCUAUUUAUCUGUGGGUAUUCCCAAGGAUAAAAAAUAUCUACAAGCUUUAGAGAAAGCUCUUGGCACAUUAGCACGAUGGCCACAUGAUAAUACAUCUUUGGUCACAUACUUGGACUCUUUGGAGUUUAUUAGCAAGGUAUUAUUACAGCAAGUGGAUACACUUUGGAAGAACUUCUCUGAAGGAAAACCAACCCAUUAUUCUGGUAACAUGAACUAUGUCUUGACAGCAUUGCAUCAGUUCGCUGAUUCCAGCUUCACGUCUUUUAGCUAUACACAAAUGUCUCAAGGAGACAACGAGAGACGGCAUGGGACCUUACUGAAAGUCCUUGUAUCCGCCAUUAAAUUUUCCUUUGUUACCAAGAAAGAUGUCCAGAAGAGCUUGGGUUUCAUUGUCCGUGCCAUUUCAAGUAAAUCGCUAGCGCCAGAGGAGCUCAAAUUCUUGAUACCUUCGCUUAGCAACAUUGGAGUGACACUUCAUAAUACUGGACACGUUAAAGAGGCACCAAAGGCUUUAGAAUUGUGCUGCCAAACAAUAUGGGCACACGUUAGGCUUUCUUACUGUAGUCUAUCCUCAAGGCCAAAAGGAAACAGCAUUUUGAUGGAUAUAAUUUUGGAUGCAUUUGCAAGGAUUGCAAAGUUGGUUGACACUCUACGUAGAUGCGGCACAGAAAUAGAAACAACACUUGGGAUUGUUGUGAAGAGCUUGUCUGAAUUGUUGUCUGACUGCGACAAUUCUGAAUAUUUCAAAGGUUCUUUUAUACUGAUCGAGGCGUGGGUUAAGGCUGUACACAAAGAGUUUGGGGAUAAUAAGGUGGAUGGUGCUCCACUUCUUUAUCCAUCUCUUUUGAAAAAUCGGUCUCCAUGGCCAAUUAAGCUGAUAGGCUUAAUAGUAGAGCAGGAGUUACUAGCAUAUGGAUUAACUAAAGCACAAAGCACAGAAUUCUGCUCUAAAAUGCAGAUAAGGAUCAUUGAUGUUCUGUUGCAUAAAAUUUACUGUUCGAAAGAGCAUUUUUUGGAGAGAUCAAGGGUUCUUGUAAGAAAGGCAGGCGCACUUCGUGCAUCUGGAGUGGAAAACAUAAAAAGCUGCCUUGAGUGUUUACAUGAUGCAAUAUCUUUACUACAAAAGAUCUCAGAGGACUCAUCUGACGCCAACAUUACUGCAAACAAUCAAUUGGCCAUUGCAUACUGCUUGUAUGCACAUUGUGCUCAGGAAGACAGUGCUGGUGGGGAGGUAAUAUUUGAUAAUGCUGAGAAAGCACUUAAGUUAUGGUUGAAGAUGGGAACUUUCAAUCAUUAUUCUCCUGACAUGGUCUUGCAACAUCCAUCACAAACUAUUGUACCACUUAUUUGUUUUUUGGUUGAUCUCUUGUCUAUGAAGGGCUGUUUUGAGCUUCAGUUUAAGUUGUGCAAGGUCAUGAUAAUGAUGUGGAAGCAAGAAAAAUUACCCCUUGAAAAGUUGCUGUCCUUGCUGGUGACCAAUGGGCGCCUUAGUCAUGCAUGCUGUUAUCUCCCACUGGAUGAGCGAUUUCUUUCUAUUGCCACUGAGCAUCUUGAUGUACAUAGCCACCAUAUUAAUUUUUGGAUAAACGGUUUCGAAGGAGACGAUCCUUCUGUCUCUAUGUUUCUUCAGAGGAUGUUGCCUAGUGACUUACUUAUUCCUCAAUCAUGUAAGCAUCCCUUUGGAAAGCAGCUCAGUUUUGAUGACGUCAGCAAAGCUGCCUCAUCUCUGGUUUCUGAAGUUACAUCAAAUGACCAAUCAAUCUUUCUAGCUAGCUGUUUAUACUAUGACUUGUCAGAAAGACUUUAUUCACGCGGAGAACUUUUCCAGGCCUUUUCAUACGCAAAAGAAUCCCUCCAUUUGCGUAAAAAGCUCCUAAAAAAGAAGUUCAAACUCAAAUCGGGCAUAUCUGGAAAUAUGGAAAGAAAACCUUGCAGGCAGGACUUUUCUCUUGAAGUGUGUGGCCCAACAAUAGUUGAGAUUUGGCCAGAUUCUAGCAGAUCAGCCAGCAUGAGAGAUUCUUUCCUUACUCCAUGGAGUGUACUUAGAUACUACCUUGAGAGCACAUUACAGGUCGCUAUGAUGUACGAAUUGAUUGGCAAUGCUGCUGAAGCAGAAGUUCACUUACGGACAGGAAAAGAGAUAUCAAAUUUCCAUGGUUUUCCAGUUUUCUGUAUUGUUUUUACAUCAUGUCUAGGUCAACUAUACUGUAAGCAACAGCUAUGGGAUGAAGCAAAGAGUGAGUUUAAUCUUGCCCGAGAUCUUCUUGUGAAAAAUGAUGCAAUCAUUUCAUGUAGAAUCUGCAAGUUAACUUUGGGGAUAUCAGUUGACGUGCAAGUUGGUGACCUGUCUUGGAAUCUAUUUGAAAAAAAAUUCCAGAAACAGUCGACAGCUGAUUUGUCUAAUGCUUUACGCAUGUACCGAUGUGCAAUAGAGAAAUUGAACAGCACUGACUUGGAAUAUUUUAAUGGGUCCAAUGAUAAUCAUAAAACUGGUUGUCUUGUGUGCAGCAAAGACUGUAGAAUACCGAUCAAACAUGAAGCUUAUACUUGUCGAAAAGAACCCACAACUUCAAAGGAUGAAUCGUUCUCUCCAUGUAGUGUUUGCAUGGCAAUACAAAUUCGAAGAAAAAGGUCAGGGAAUGCUGAAGCUGGUCCACCAUUAGAUGCUAAAGCUAAGAGGCCAUCCAGAAAUUCAUCACGUUUAGCCAAUGAACAGAAUGUAGAGACUGUUGCGAAGAUUAGAACUCGCUCUAGUAAGCGUAAUGCACAUAUGAAAAGCGAAAAGGUUUCAACUGAGCUAAAUAGUAAAAAUAACAUAUCUUGGGGUGAUGAAUUGGCUGCAGAUAUUUUGGUUUGUGGUGAAGGUGAGUGUUUUCCUGAUAGAAUUGGUCGCAGCAAAGAUGACUUAUGCAAUAUGUUUGGUUGUUGGAACUGCCUUUUGGUUAAAACCUUGAAUUCAGAGUGCAUACAGAAUAUUCUGCAGCUGAGAUUGGACUGUGUUCGCCGCCGCUACCAUGUGUCAGCUCUAUUAAAAAAAGCUAGAGCCUUGGGAUCUCAUAGCAAUGGGGACCAUGAAGUUCAUAGUGUCUAUUGGAAGUGCAUAUCAUUGCUGUUCUUCAGGUCCCUUCCACAGGAUUGCUAUAGGACUUAUGGGCCUUAUUUAAUUGGACUACUCAUGGAUAGGAGCAUUAUUGGUGAUCUUCUUCCUUUAGAGUGUGCACAAAUACUAUGGAGUAUGAGCUUCUUCAUGCUAAAAAGCUCCCUUUCUGAACAGCCAAGGGACAUCUGCUGUAUCUUCUCUAGUGUAAAAAUGGCUGAUGUUGUUCCCUGGUUGCUCAAAGCUUUUGUUCUAUCCAGAGAGAGCCCCUCAAUCAUUCAGGAGGUUUGCAAGUUACUUGCAUGCAUAUUCUUGCUAUCAACUAUAGAUUCUUCAAUUCAGCUGCCUUUGGGUUCUCACAAAGAAUCUCUUUCUUUGAAUCACUGGGCCGCAUACUUCCAUCAAGUUUCUGUGGGAACUUAUCUCAAUUGUCAUUUUCCUAGCUUACAAGCGUCGUCAGAGGAAAAGGGCACCCAUGAAGAUUUCAGAAAUGAGACGGAUGAUGAUGUUUCGGAAUUUCUCAGGUUGUCAUCAAGGGACAUAAUACAUAUUGAGAAACAUAUGACAGAAUUCUUCCAAAAACUUCCUAAUGUACCAGUUCUGUGCAUUAGUAUGCUUGGAGGUGAUUAUGUUAAUCCCCUUUUGAAAUUCCAUCGCCAUCCCCUGUUUUUCCGUGCUUGGAUAUUGCUUUCAAGGUUUGAUUCAACAAGUGAACCUACUACAUUGCUUCUUCCAGUGGAUGCUAUUUCAGAAAUGCAGUUUGAAGAUUCCUGUAUCAAAGAUUUGGGUAAUCCGACGAGGGUUUUAGAUAAGAAGUGGCAGUGCCCUUGGGGCUAUGGAAUUACAGAUGAUGUGGCCCCAAUUUUCAGAAAUAUACUUGAGGAGAAUUUUAUGUCCCUCUCCAGUGCACCCCUGUCUAUUAAUGAUGUAAAUGCAGAUCAUGUCAGGUGGUGGUCGCAUAGAAAGAAGCUCAACAAUUACCUUGCUAACACACUGAAAGACAUUGAAAAUUCUUGGUUUGGACCCUGGAAAUGCCUUCUGUUGGGCCAUCGAUUAUCUGAUGAACACAUUGAGGCUGCAUUAUCAAGUAUUAUCACUUAUCUGGAUACAGAAUUCGAAUUUGAAGCCAAUCCAGUGCUCAUCAGAGCUAUCCUUGGUGGUGCUGUGUCAGUGGAUGAAGUACAAGAAUGUUUUCUCCAACUCAUUUUGUAUAAAGGUUACUUUGGAAGGGGAGGGUGCUGUGGGAAAGAUAGACUUAGAGCUUUCUCUUCCUGCCAAAUGGAUGAUGGAGCUAUGGACACACUCCAAUGUUUAAUAACAGAUGCAGUAUAUGAGUUGCCUCAGCCAGAUGGUAGAGGUCCAGUUAUUUUAGUUCUUGAUGUCAAUGUUCAGAUGCUUCCUUGGGAGAACCUGCCUGUACUAAGGAAUCAAGAAAUUUAUCGCAUGCCAUCAAUAGGUAGCAUCUUUUUAGCAUUAUCGCGAAACAAUAAUGCUUACAAGGAUCCUCUUUUUCCUGUGAUCGAUCCUUUCAAUACAUAUUAUCUGUUGAAUCCUAGCGGUGACCUGAGCAGCACGCAAGAAGAAUUUGAUCAGUUAUUCAGAAACUACGAGUGGAAGGGAUUGGCUGGGAAUUCUCCAGAGGCUGAUGAGCUCGUCUUGGCCUUGACAAAUCAUGACCUUUUCCUGUACUUCGGGCAUGGAAGUGGAGCCCAGUAUAUUUCUAGUAAGGAAAUCGAGAAGAUACAUAACUGUGCCGCUGCUCUUCUUAUGGGAUGUAGUAGUGGAACACUUUAUUGCAAAGGGAGUUAUGCUCCUCGAGGGGCCCCGUUAUCAUAUUUAUUUGCUGGUUCCCCUGCUAUCAUUGCGAAUCUCUGGGAUGUUUCUGAUAAGGAUAUUGAUCGGUUUAGUAAAGCUUUGCUCAAUUCGUGGUUGCACGACAAUUCUCUAGAUGGCAACAAUUGUUCAAAAUGUUGCCAGCUAACAAAGGAACUUGAGUCCAUGAGUAUAGCUUCCGAAGAAAAAGGUAGAGCAAGACGACGAGGCACACGAGGAAAUAAGCAACAACAAAUAAGUGAUAGUACCAAGUGCUGCAGCUGCAGGCAGAGGCGAAUAGCUUCAUCUCUAAGUGAAGCUAGGCGGGCUUGCAAGCUUCCACUUCUGAUAGGCGCAUCUCCUGUGUGUUAUGGUAUGCCAACAAUCAUUAAGAAGAAAGUAAUGACGGAUUCUGCCACGAGAUGAGAGAUGACCUAAAGCGUGGUAGUAUCGGCAUGGUAUUGACCAGUACUGAUAGUGUGAUCUAUGGUGUCGAUGGAGGUCGCACGAAAGCGUGUCAGCUCAAAUGUGCUGACUGAUUUAUGCUGUUGUGGACGACCUAAAGUGGACGUGCACAUGGUAUUCCAGGGCUGUAACGAGUGUAUAUAGAAGUAAAUGUUCUGUAGAAUGGCGCUGUACAAAACUGUAAUGAUAUGUCAGUGAAACGUCAGUUAGAGAAUGUAUGUUGAGGCUAUUAUUUUCAAUUGUAUAAUGUGUACUUGUACAGUUUUGACCCUUGUAAGUACUUCUUCCAGCCUGUACUGUACUAAAUUCUACUGGAAGUUUGGUAGGUAGUCUGGUGGUGUAGGUUUGGUGCUAGUAUACAGUCAAUGCUGAUUUGUGAAGGGCUUCUGCCUCUGCAACAUGGAAGACGGGGAAAAAAAUAUUCCGGUUAUCCAAACAAAAAUUAUACGAUGCAUAGAGAUA